GAAUCUGAAAUAAUUAAAUAAUGGCGUCCAAUACAACAAGUUUAGCUCGUCAAUUGGAAAAACUUAAACUUCCGCAAACAUCAUCGCAUAAUGAACGAUUUGGUUCGGUUUCAUUUUUAUAUGAUUUUUUUCAAGCAAAAACAAUCGAUCUUGAUACACAUUAUUCGACGGCUAUCAUUAGUCUUGAAAAUCUAAUACAAAUUGAUGGCCAUUUUAGAUCAUAUAAAACAACAUUAUUUCAUGAAUCGAGUAAAAAAUUUGAUCGUGCCAUCGAAAAUAAAGAAACAAACAAACAGCUUAAUGAUCAGAUUGAUGAAUUCUUAUUCCGUAUAUCAAAAUAUUUUCAACUGACCGAUGCACAUAAAGUGCUUGAAUAUAUGAUUCAACGAUAUCGAAUCAAUGAAUAUAAUGUUGAUUCAUUGAUCGGUGCCUUUUUUCCGUAUCAUGAAACACGAAUGUUUGUUCGUUUAUUGCAAACAUGUUCGGCGAUUAAAAAUCCACGUAAUUAUCGUUUUUAUUGGAUGAAAAAAUUUCAAGAAAACGGUGUACCAAUCACAAAAUCAAGCCUGCUCAAACAUUGUAUUGCCGAUUUGGAAUUCACACAUUAUGUUACGGAUUCGAUUUUCAAAGCCUUGCGUUAUGAUCCAGAUAAUUCAGUGUUUCCAUCAUUUUUACUAUCAUUCUGUUUGAAUCUUUUGCAACGUUCAACUAAAGAUAUGAUUGUUUCACACAUUCUAUCGGUAAUAUCCAGAUGUAUACGUCGUGAAGAUAAACAAUUAUUCAUUGUUGCCUAUACAACGUUUAGUCAUCUUUGUAAUCUGAUACGAUUAGAAAUAACGAUUGUUGAGAAAAUAUUGAAAUCAUUUUUUCAUCCAAAAUUGACCAUUUCACAACCAACAUUGAUAGCAUUCGAAAUUAUUAUCAAAUGUCAAGAUAUUACCGUUUUGCCCAAAUAUUUUGUACAAAAUAAUUUCAUUAAUCUAUUGAUUAGUUUGAGUACCGAUUUGAAAUUGGAACAUUUACCACGUGCCGUUAUUCUUAAUAUUUUGAUGCAAAAUGAUUCAAACAAAUUCGAUGCACAAACCUAUAAGAAUUAUUUACACGUAUUGUUGGAAACAUUUGCCAAUUCUAGUGAUACUGUCAUGUCCAUUGUUUCAUGGAUGAACAAUUUCGAUAAUGUUGACGACAAUAGUUUAUCACAUCAAUUUAUUUGUCAUACAACAAAAUUAUUGGAAAAAAUGUAUCCCGAUUAUUUUGAUUUGGCCAUAUCAUCAUUGCCGAUGAUUAGAAAUUUAUCUAAAUAUCUAAAAUCGAUUCGAUAUUCAUUGGCUGGUAAUUCCAAAACACCACUAUAUCUAGGUGUUGAACAUUCAUCGGAAAAAAUUCGUCAACAAUCAUUUUUGUAUUUGGCAAAAAAUUUUACCAAUCUGAUUGAAAAUCUUGAUAUCAAUGAUAUGAGAUUUAUUCGAACAAUAUUGUUAAAAAAUUUGGCAAAACAAGAUUUUCAAAAUCAAAAAGAAAAAUUGGAAAUUUUAUUGAAAAUAUUCAAAGUAAAAGAUAAAAUUUUCAACAUUUUAACUGACGAAGAAUUCGAACAAAUCACGCUGGAACAAAUGCGCUGUAUUCAAUCACAGAUUACCGAUCCUAAUGUUGAAAAUGAUGUGGAUUUAUUUAAAUUGUUUAUCAAAUUGAAACAUUUAUUGAUUGAAAUUUAUUGUACCAAAUCAUAUGGUGAUUAUUGUCGUGAUUUUUCCACCGAAGAUUAUCUUGGCCGAUUAUUGAAUGAUGAAAUACAACAAUUGAUGAUUUUAUGUUUUCUUUCAACCGAUUAUCAAUUGUCCACGUUGAUUUUAGACUCUGAAUAUGCUAAAACGAAUCCAUUGUUUCAAAUUAUCCGGGAACAAAAUCAGAAUUUCAUUACAUUCGAUGAUUUUAAAAUGCUUGAAGAUGAAAAACAACUUGAACAAUUGAAAUUAUUUUCACUAAACAUAUUGAAUGGUAUUGCAUUGUUUCUGAAUCAAAACCAACGACGAUUAUUUCCAAAACCAAAUAUAUUACAAUCAUUAUCAUCGAAUUCAAAUUUACGAUUUAAAUUUCUAUUAAUUUAUUCAAUGAUCAAAAUGCUUCAAAAUCAUCCAAUUGAUUGUGGUGAACAACAAGGCCAAAUUGUUUGUCAAUUUACUGUUGAUUUAUUUUUUCAUCUAUUGAAUAUUGGUAUCAAUAUUAGUUCACGUUCAGAGGUGAAAAUUUCAUCAGUGAAUGAAUAUGCUAAAAUGAAUAUGGAUGAUUAUUUUCUAUACGAACUUUAUAAUUUUAAUGAUAAAUCAAUUUCAUUAUUGAUAUCUGGAUAUAUUUUAUAUUGUCUAAUGAAUCAAAAAAGUUCAAUGAAUGAUGAUCUACCAUCGACUGCUGAUUGGUAUCUAACCGAUGUAGGUAACAAUAUGAUUAACUAUGAUUUUUAUUACAAAAUUUAUUGCCUUCUGAUGUAUUAUUCAACACCGAAUGAAAUGAAACCAAUUUCGAAGAAAAUUUAUAAAUUUUUUCGCCAUUUAUUUUCAACAUUUAUUAUGGAAAAAAUACAAAAUCAUCAUGCUGGAUUGAAAUUUUUUCUACCAUCCAUUGUUAAUCAUGAUAGUUCAAUACAACAACAAACAUUGAUUGUAUUGGUUAAUUUAUUCAAACAUUCAUCCACAUCAACAUCAUCAAUUCUAAUCGAUAGUCUGUGUACAAAUUCACAAUAUCUUGUCGCCUAUCUAUUGGCGCUAACAUCAUCGAAAACAUCAACACGACAAAUGGCCAUUUCGAAUAUCAAACAAAUUGUUAUGAAUGAAAAAUUAACAAAUGGAUUAAAAUCAUUCAUUCAGAUUAUCAUUGAUGAACAACAAUCGUUAAUAUUGACCGAUGAAAAUGCCAUUACAAUAUUAUUGGGCCGUUUACAAGAUCAUCCCAUUGUAAAUGAAUUAUUGCAGACAAUCAUUUUCAUAUUGACCGCUAAUGGUUCCAAGAUCAAAGCUUUUCAUAAAGUGGCAUUAUUGAAAUUAUUACGAUAUUGUAAUCUGAAAAUCAAAUCAAUUGUUUUUGAAUACUAUACAGAUUUCCUUUCUUCGGCCAAUAAAUUCAUCGAUUUGGAUGAAGAAUUACAAUUGAAAGAAAUUGUACAUUACUAUGAUUAUAAAAUUUUCGAUACAUCAAAAGAAUUGUUUAAUGAAAAUCAAGAAAAUUCAGCAUUAAAAUUUUUACUCAAAAGUAUCGAAUGUUCUGGUUCAAUAUUGACGGAAGAUAUUUCCACACAAAUAUAUCGAUUGAUCACACCGGAACGAUUUCAAAUGAUUCUUGAAGAAAAUAUGGAAUUUGCAUUGAAAUUUGUACAAACAUUAUUGAAAACUCAACUAUCAUUGUCGGAAAAAUCACCAUCAUCAAUGAUUAAUUAUGGCCAAUUGAUCACCACAAUUGAACAACGUUUACGAACACUUACAUUUGAUGAAAAUUUUGCCAUUCAAAUGAUGAUUUUGUUACCAAUUGAUGAUGUUUACGAAACAAUUAUAACCACUGGACAAUCAAAACGUAUGAGAAUCGAUGAUUCUGUUCGUAAACAAUCGCAAACAAAAUGGAAAUUAUUCAGAAUCUAUAUUUCAUCAUUGGCAAAUAUACAGAAUUUUCAACAAAUUGAUGGUGAAUUAAUACGAACAAUGUUUGAAUAUCUUAAAUUAACAUUCAUGGAAAUUGAUGAUAAUUUUAGUGAAUUAACUCGUCAAUCAUUAUUGUAUGCAAUAACGAAUUUUAUUGAAAUGAAAUUUACCGAAAAGAAAAUGGAAACAUUGAAAAAUGAUCAACAACGAAUGAGUGUCGAUGGUGAUGGUGAUGAAACAAUGGCAACAAGUUUGGCUGAAUUCAUGAAUUUUAUCAAUGUUGAUACUAUCAUUGAUUGUAUUACCGAAUCAAGAGUGAAAGAAACGCAACGUAUUUCAUUGCUAUUGAUCAGUAUGGUUGCACCAUAUUUUCGUAAACAAAUCAUUGAAUAUUUGGUCACUAUUUUCACAUUUAUCGGUUCAAAUAUAUUGGAAUGUGAUGAUCAAUAUUCAUUGUCCAUAUUGUUUGAAACAAUGGAAUCAAUCAUACCGAUUAUUAUUAGUGAAAAUGAUGAUAAUAACUUGGUGGUGGUCGGUAAUGAGGAAAAACCAUCACGAUCAAAAAAUAUGAAACAAUUCAUAUCAUCUGUGUUUAUCAAAUCAUUUGCCGAUAUUCCUGCAUAUCGUCGUCUUCGAUUAUUUACUAAAUUGAUCACUUUGCUUGGUCCUGAUCAUCAUUUGCCUAUCAUCACUGUUUAUCUGAUGGAAAAAAUCUCUUCAAUGAAAUCAUCAACAACAGAAAAAGAAACUGGUUUCACAUUUUUACAGACACUUUUUCAACAAUUUGAUUAUGAUAUUCAACUAAGAUCGGCUUGUAUAUUGUUAUGUUUGUUUGAAAGAAAAUUCUUGCAUAACCAUUUUCGAAGUUCACUACAGAAAAAAAUGCAAUCAAAAAAUACAACACUAUUUUAUACGGCAAUCAUUCGACAGCAACGACAAAAUCCGGAACAAUUUACAUCAUUUAUAGCAUUAAUUAAAUCGAUUUGUAAAGAAUUUGAAUCAACAAUUAUUUAUGAUGAUGAAAAAUUUUCUUGUGGAUUGGCAAUAUUGAAAUUUGUUUGUAAUCUAAUUUCAUCGGCUGAAUUUGUUUCCGGUGUUGGUCAACUUGAUUAUCAAUUGGUUGCAUCAACACCAUUGAUCUAUUUCAUUAACAUAACAUUUGAAUUGAUUGUUUUGAUUAGCCAAAAUAGUGAUGGAUUACGUUCAUCAUUGCAAAUAUAUCGUAAACGUUUUAAAUUAGCAUUGGAUGAAAUAUUUUUACAAUAUAAUGCAUUGGUUCCGAAUGCAAAAUUAUUGGAUAUUGUAUUGUAUGAUCUAUUGAACAAUACAGCACAAAUGGAAACAUUUGUAUCGAUAUUAAUCAAACGUAAAGCAUUAGAAUUAUUGAAUGAAAAAUUGGAAAAACUUGCCAUCAAUGAUAUUGAUCUACAAACAACGAUGAAAAUUAUGGAAAAUUUAUAUGAUCAUUUGAAAAUUUUUCAUGAAAAUCUUCACCAAUUGGAUGAUAAUCAAAUACACAAUAUUCAAUUGAUUUUAUUAUCAAUGAAAUUAUUGACCAAAUUUAUUGAUAAUGAUAAUUUAUCCACUGAUUUAUCUAUGGAUAUCAAUGAAAUAUUGACACAAGUUUUAGUUGAAAUCAUACAGAUGACUAAAUCGAUUAAUCAAAUCGAACAACAACAAUCCGAAUCAACAACUGGCCAGAUUUCAAAAUCGAUGCAAAAUCUUCGUACAAGUUCGAUUCUUUGCUUGGCACAAAUCUUGUCCACAUUAUCGACUGAAGCAAUCGUUCAUUUAUCGGAUGUAAUUGAAUUAAUUUUGAAGAAUUUCCAUUCAAAAGAUGAUAUUGUUAUCAUUUCGAAUGUUUCAUCAUUGUAUAAGAUUAUUUCGAAUUUUGGCCGUUUCCUUAGUCCACAUCUAAAAUCGAUUAUCAUUCAUGUAUUGCCAUUGUUUACAUCAUCAUGUGAUAGUAGUAGUAGUAGUAAUAAUGAUCUUCAUCCAAAAUUGAAAAGAUUAUGGUCAAACAUUGCUAAAUUAGUGCCAAAACGUAUUGUAUUCGAAGCAAUCGAUACAUCAUAUGAUUCGGCCAUCACUCAAUCACCUGAAUCAAUCAUUCAUCUAAUGAAUUUAUUUAAAUAUUCAUGUGAUUUUAUCGAAAAAUCUGAUAUGGAAAUUAUAUUGAAAAAUUUGAAGAAUUUUAUGUUGAAAACAUUAAGUUUUCGUUCGGAAAACUAUGACAAAGUUAAUAUAACAAUGAUUGAACAAAUUGAAACAUCAUUUUGUGAAGCAUUUGCAGCUUUUAUUCCAAAAUUGACUGAAUCCAAUUUUCGUCCAAUUUAUUAUUCACUAUUGGAUUGGUCAAUCAAAACGGAUUCAUUACAAAUACCUAGUGCAGAUGGUCACCAUUUUACAUUACCCGAUUCUUGUUAUCAACGAAUCAUUUCAUUCUAUCGUUUUUGUUCAUUUCUUGCCGAUCGUUUGAAAAGUCUUUUCUGUAUAUUUGUUGCACCAAAUAUCAUUCAAAAUUGUAAUCAAAUACUGAUUGGUUAUCAUUCACCCGAAACAAAUGAUUCUGAUGCAGUAAUUGGAUCAACAACAACAACAACAACAAUGACAACAAAUCAAGAACCACGGCUAAAAAUUGAUGAUCCAAAAAUCGGUGAACCAUUAGUACAGGCCAUCUUAUCGACAUUAUCCAAAUGUUUUCUAUAUGAUCUUAAUGGUACAUUUGUUAACAAAGAUUGUAUUGCAUUGAUUUUCAAACCAAUCGUCAAUCAAAUAUCGAAUCUAUAUGGAAAUGAAGAUGAUUAUCUAAAACGUUUGGAUAUAAUUCUUCAAUGUACACAAUAUCUUAUACAGAAUAAUAGAGAUGAAACUUUAAUCAAAGAUUUUAAUUAUCAAAUUCUAUUGAAAUCACAAGAUUCAAAUGUAAAGGUUAAAAUCAGUGCAAUUAAAUUAUUACAUCGUUUAGUAUUGACAUGUAAUGAAGAUUAUUUACCAUUCAUACCAGAAGCAAUGCCAUUUAUUGCCGAUUUAAGUGAAGAUGAUUCUGAUCAAAUUGAAUUACAAUUAAAACAAUUGAUCACCGAUAUUGAACAAUUGAUUGGUGAACCAAUCAAUAAAUAUUUAUAA